AUGGCUUCCGCCUGCUGUCCGGCAAGUGCCAAUUCUUCUUCGACUCCAUCAAGUACCGCGGAUUCGUUUUUGACGUCACCGGUCGCCAUCCAGAUUCUGAAAACAUUCGGGUCAUCUAACGGAUGCCUGCACCCAAGAAUGUAUCGCAACUUCGUUCCUUGGCCUGAUCAGCUACUAUAGCGCCUUCCUACCAUCGCUGCAUGACGUACGGGCCCUCCCUGGUGCUGGUCCUCUGAUUUUAAAAGGGCCUUCGCCCAGAUAAAGUCGAUGCUGAGUUCAGAUCUGCUGCUCACGCAUUAAGACCCGACGCUGCCGAUCGUUGUUGCUACAGAUGCUUCCAACCACGGAGGUCGUGCCGUCAACUCACAUAUUUUUCCUAAUGGGUCUGAAAAGGCGAUCAUGCAUGCAUCUCGCACGCUAACCCCUGUGGAGAAGAACUACGGGCAAAUUGAGAAAGAGGCUCUAGCCAUCGUGGUUGCGUCAAGAAGUUUCACAAGCUACUGUUCGGUCGCCACUUCACGUUGUUGACGGAUUGCAAACCAUUGCUGUCAAUCUUAGGUUCGAAGAAGGGCGUUCUCGUCUACUCAGCCGGCCGACUUCAGCGAUGGGCAACCACCCUUCUUGUCUACGAUUUCGACAUUCGCUACUGUCACACUACAGAGUUUGGUCAGGCUGACGCCCUUUCUCGCCUCAUCAUCAAUCAUCAGGAACCUGAGGAAGAUACCGCGACUGCCGCAAUUCCGACUGAGGACGAUGUGCGCCGUCAACUAUCAGACGCCAGGCGAGGCAUCCCUGUCACUGCCGCGGACAUCCGUCGUGCUACUGAACAGGAUCCUGUGCUCCGUCAGGCCAUUGCCUACGUGCAAACCUGCUGGCCAACCACUGCUCUCGCUGGCGAUCUUCGCCAGCUCUUCCUUCGCCAAGCAUCGCUGUGGUUAACUCUUGCCUCAUGUUUGCAAACCGUGUGUUGAUCCUAUCUUCCCACCGAUUCACUGUACUACGCCAGUUCCAUGCGGCUCAUCCCGGUGCCAGCCGAAUGAAGUCUACUGCUCGCAGUUUUGCCUACUGGCGGGGUAUCGACGGCGAUAUCGACGACUUGGUCCGACGAUGUUCUCGAUGUCAGCAAGCUGCCAAGAUGCCGCCUCGUCAACCGCCAAUACGCUGGCAACCACCGGUGAGACCUUGGCAACGCGUGCAUAUCGACUUCGCUGGCCCACUUAACGGAUUCUACCUAAUCUUGGUUGACGUCUACUAAAAUUGGCCCGAGAUCGCUCGGCUGAAUCCAGCGACCGCAUCUGCCACUAUCGCCUUCCUGCGACGCAUCUUUAGCCAACAUGGCUUAGCGGAAGUCCUGGUUUCAGAUAAUGGCUCUCAGUUUACUUCGUCGACGUUUGAGGUUUUCUGCCGGCAGCCCAACAUCCAGCAUCUUCGCUCCCCGCCCUACCAUCCUCAGUCUAACGGUCAGGCGGAGCGUAUUGUCGACAAGUUUAAGAGAGCCCUCUUGAAAGCUCGUGGAGAGGGGACCACGGACGAGAUAGUCCAGGCGUUCCUGUUUUCCUACAGGACAACACCGAACCCGGCAUCCCCUGGUGGCGUUUUACCCGCCGAAACUUUUAUGGGCCGAAAACUGCGUACAACUUUUCAUGCACUCGUUGCUACCGGUGUGCAGCCCGCGCAGACUUCUCCAGUCUCUCGCAGCAAGCUUUCCGUCGGAAGACCUGUCUUCGUUCGUGAUUAUCGAACUGAGUUCCCAGACUGGAUUGAGGCAACCAGAGUAGCGCACAGAGACGGUAUGUUGUUUGAUGUCGACGUUGGUGAUGACAUCUGGGUUCGUCACCACAACCAGAUCCGACGGCGACAUUUCAGUAACACAGUCGGGCUCGAAUCGGUGCCGCCACUCUCUCUGGACAUCCUACUGGAUACCUUCGCCAUUCCAGCAGAUCAAUCGGUUCCCGAAGCCACUGCUGCACCGCCUUCGGUAUCAGUCACUGCCCCCGCGUCUCCAGACAAAAACCACGACUAA